GAUGCACCGACACAGGUUUUGAUGCAUAAACUAAGAUCAGUAGGUGCCUUUAAGUUUGCUGACCAAGUCGAUCCUCUUUGCCGCAAGCUAUUCUCCUUUCAAGGUUUGUUUUAUCAAGCUUGAAUAUUAAGGAAGCAGCUGUUGCAUUUGAAAUUUUUCUUGUUUUAUUGAGUCACUUCUUCUUCUUACUACGAUCCAAGCAGCAAAAUGAUUCGAUUUCCGCACACCAACAGAGUUUCGGCUUUGGUGGUUUUCGGUUUUUUGCAAGUUUUCAGCAGCUGCAGAAGUGUAGCCUCGAGCCUGGUAAAGAGCAAAAAUCACAAGCGGAGGAGCGACCGGGAAUACCAGCACAGCAGUCAGUCGAAACGGCAAAGAAGGGCAGUGCGGCAGUUCGCCCAGGAGUUUGCGCUUUCGGAGUGCGACACUUUAGAUGUCAUAGACUGGGCUGCCGAGUGUGACGAAAACUGCUUGCUUGGUGGUCGUAACCACGAGCAGCGCGAUCUGAUAGAGGCACUGCCAGAUAUCAAGGAAGGGCUUUUAUCUCGUGGUGUUGACAAGGACUCUGGCUCGUGUUCUCCGGAUCCUGGACCUUUGCGACGCACGAUGAAGCACCUGCGAGAGUUCAACCGGGCUUUCGCAUGUGUUGAGAAAGCCGGGAUAACGAGCGAGAAAGUCGACGUGUGUAGGGCAUGGGCAACAAAAGGCAGGUGCCUUCGAGGAGACAACUGCUGGAACCUACACCUGCCCGAUGAUUCCGAUUGCGAAGCUGGUCCCGUGCGUGCUUGUGCAGCGGAAAAAUUUGGGGCACGGACGCAAGACCUGGAGGCAGAUCACGCGGUUACAGUUGAAAGCAAGAACCGUGCCAAAAUCGAAACAAGUAGUUUGCUAUCAGGCUCGCACACGACGAACCAUUCCUAUGCUAUCAGGAGCGCUGCAGCUGCACCAGUGAAGAGCGAUGCAGCGACCUCAACUGCAGCGCCGAAGCAGGUACCAGAGAUCCUCGAUAAGGUACAAGAACUGCUCGAGGACUCCGAAACAUUCUCCUCGACAAUGUACCAUGCACCGUUGGACCGAGUUCUUUUGCCUUUGGACAAACUGCAGGAUAUUCUGAACGGCAAGGUCAGCAAGUGGGGUCCGUGGAUCAAGGCUACCGUCCCCCUGAACAAUAUCUUCUUUCUCCGGCCAGACCGACAAAGUGGUGAGACGAAGCCGGGACGAUUGAAGCUAAGAACCAAGCAGCAGGUCGCAAAAGAUGCGACUGAUGCGAAGUUUGUGAGAGAAACUGCGGACGAAUUGAUCAAAAAUCCAGUGGCAUACAAGAAAGAAAAUGCCAUGAUGGUUGUGCAGAUCGGCGGAAAGUUUUUUGCAACCGACUCCCGCGUUCUGGUCGCACAUAAGAAAGCAAAGCCGCAGGGUGCAGAGGUGAACGUGGUAAUGGCGCAUGUGAGCUAGUAGGAGUGCAGAUCGUCCUCGAUUGCUCGGCGGGGGCGUGAUCUGUUUUGCUACUAGGUACUGGUGGAAAUAAGUAGUUUUUUUCAUCGGGAAGGAACCAACUUGGCACUACUUAGAAGACUACCAAAAGUUGUAGUGGCGCAGUCGUGGUCGACAGAGCAGAGUUGGUCAGCAACGCAGUGGUAAUCCUCUUCAUGUUCAGCAGCCUUUUUCUCUGCUCGUUGUGGCUUCCGUCGGGAAGCAGCGAAGGAGCCACACCGCUUGUCACAUCGACUCUUUUGAAUUUUGAAGGAAAUGCCGAUCGAGGUGCAAAAAAAAUCAGUCUUUGUAUCUGAUAGAUACUGUGAUGUCCAUCCUCCAUACCUUCGAUGACGAUUUUGAAGAUAUGGUGUUGUAUGAUGUGUAUGAUGUCGUGUAGCCUUAUCGGAACGCGUAGUUGCGGCCUCCCCAUCCGCUGCUCGCAGCUGCUGCAAUAGUAUUGGCAACAAAAUCAUAACAAGUUCUCAGCCAGAAGACAGUCAGGCUUUUGUUCCAUAAACGUCUGCCUCU